UCUCAGCUACGAUCGCUGCUGACGUUCAGGUUAGCGUUGGCACUGACAAUGUGGAGAACGUCGUCUUUGAGCCUGCCGACGUUCAGGCUGCAAUCGGUGACAAUAUCAUCUUUACCUGUCGUACCAACGGUUAA